AUGAUGGCUUCAGAUGACUACAUUCUCCAUUUUGUAGUCCAAGAAGACAAUAAAUGUGAACAAGUUACAAAAAGUAGAAGUCCAAGUGAUUCUCCUAGUAGGGUCUGCAAGAGCACCCAAAGCAAAUGCAGCACUAAAGUUAGCCACUGUAGUAAAUGUUCCAGUCAGUGUGGAACUUUUCAGCUUGACUAUUCCAAUGACUUCAACCAGGAUGUUUCAAGAAGGGCUAGCAGCAGUAGCAGCAGUUAUUCAGAGGAGGACAAUUGCAGAAAUUCUCAGGUCUACUAUUAUGAAGAUUUUCACACAUACUCUUCAGAAACCCCUUGCAGCAAUGGCAGUGGCUACAGCAGUAUUUUAGAACAGCCAGAAACCAAGGAGGAGGAAUUAUCCAUGAAAACAAAGGAAAAUGAUCACCAAGCCAAAGUGAUGCUACAUUCUUGUUUUGUUCUUAAUGUAGGGGGUAAAACACUUCCUAAGAAGAAACAGCAGCAAAAGAGCUUUUUCAAUACUAGCAAGAUAAUCACUUCCCAGAAGAACAAUGUAGCUUGCCGCUUAUUGUCAGCCAGGCUUCACAAAGUUAAAGAGCUGAAAAAUGAAGUCUCUGCUCUGAAGAAAAAACUGGAGGCAUCUAACAUGGAAAAUCAGAUCUUGAAGCGGCUUCAAUAUCGACAUUUGAAAGCAAUAAGUAAAUACGAAAAUGCAGAGACCAAUCUGCCUGAUCUUCUAGCAAAACAAUGUGGUGAAGUGAGGACUCUAAGGGUACUUCUUAGGAAAUCUCAAGAGCAGGAGCGCAGUGCGUCCAAGAAACUUAGAGAAGUUGAGGCACAACUGCUAAAGACAAAAGAUACCUUACUGGCAUUGCAGAAACUUUCAGAAGACAAGAAUCUCGCAGAAAGAGGAGAACUUAGACGCAGGUUAAACAGCCUCACACAAAGAAUGGAAAAUGGAGAUAAGAAAAUUCAGGUCUUAGAAAAGCAGCUGCUGUUGAAUAAUACCUCCUUUAGUCAUCAGUUAGCAGUUGAGAAGAAAAAGACUCUUGAAGCUCAGUUGAUUACCACGAAUUUGCAAAUGGAAAUCAAGUCGCUUAACCAAAAAAUCAAGGAAAAAGAACGAGAACUUGGUGUGAGAAAUAUUUAUGCAAAUCGGAUGCUUAAAGGCCAACAGGACAAAGGAGAUUCAGAGUCUCCCCCCAAAGCUGUCAAUGUCUCCAAGUCAGUACAAGUAGAUGUGAAACUAGAAGCAACAGCUCUUCAAAAGCACAAGGCAGAGAAAAGUUCGGUUGUUUUAAAAGAGGAGUUGAUAACCAAAGAUAUUAAUUUCAAAGACAAACUAUGUGAUGUGGAUAAAGAGAUGGAAUCAAAAACAGAAGUUCAUCAAAAUCAAAAAUUAACAAUGCAACAGAUUUCGAAUAUAGCAUGCACAGAGUUAUUAGGGGAAGAGAUAUGUCCAAAAACAGAAAAGCUUUUCAGAUGUGAAAACCUAGAAAGACAGAAAAACAGGAGAGAAAGACAAAGGCUCAACUUGUUGAAAGAAGAGUUUGAGAAAUUAAGGACAGACCAAGCAUUGGAGUCCACACAUGACAUCCAACAAAAAAUGAAUAACCAGGAAGAAGUUGCAACUGAAAAACAAGAAAAUGAGCCAAAACAAGUGAACUGUGAUAAAAUGGAAACAGUAACACAAAGAUACAAAACACCAUCCACAUUAAAGAAACAGUAUGUAUUUUCAGAAGCUGUUGAAAAUUUGCAUCAGGGAUACCCUUCAACAGGUCCACUGUCCAACACAAGCACUACCUGCAGUAGUAGACAAGUGAAUAGACAUCAGGGUGAAAUAGCUGAGUUGAAGGCAGAAAAUUCAAGCAGUGCCUAUGAACCGUCAUUUGGUAAGGUUACCAAAACAAGGCAAAAGGACACCAUGUCAACACAUGGCAAAGAACACAUUCCUGCAGUAUCAACAGAAAAGAAAACCACUCUUAUGGAAGAACUCUUUGGUCCAAGCUGCAUCUUAAAGGACAGUCACUCAAAACUUAAUUUAAAAGAGGCAGGUAAGGAAAAAAAAACUUUGAUGAGUGAAAAGGCUUAUGAGAUUUCACAAGUCAAUGAUGGUUUGCAGUGUGGCGAUUCCAAACAAGCCCAUAUAAAGGUUUUCCAUACAUUUGCCUUCCUGGAAAACUUUAAAUAA